UGGUAGAAGCGCCACCUCGGUUUGACAGUUACCAAUAAAAAAUUUCAAUCUGUUUUCGAUAAUAAGAUGGUUUGUACAAAACGAGACUUUGAUUAAGUAUUCCACAACUCGUGGAAACCCCGCAAAAUUAUUCAACAAAAAAAUACCAUAACUUCGGUAAGACUAAAAUGCCCUCGAAGAAACACCGUGCGAAAAGUACAAAUUUGGUCGAAACGUCGCCGCCCUCCGCCGUGAAAAUUUCCGACCAAAAAUCGGAAAAACCGACACAAAAGUCGAAAUCGGCGGAGCAGCUUUUGCAUUUGACGAAAGAGCAGUUGAAGGCGGAGUGUAGGAAGCGGGGACAGAAAUCGACGGGCAGCAAACAGGAGUUGUUGCAACGGCUCGGGUACAGAAUGGCGGCAAGGAGGCACGGCCCGGCUACGACCAACGGCAACGUAGUACAAAACAAUGUCGAUAACAGCACGUCCAAAAAUACCCCCACGGCCUCUGAGCAACAGAGGAAACAGAAAGAGCGGGACGAGAGGGAAGGCAUCGUGUUGUGGAAGAGGCCGUUUCUUACCUUAGAAUAUUUUUUUAAGGAGUGUCUGGAACUUAUCACCACGUACGGUAAAAAUUUUUUUGCAAAUAGAAAACUAGUCACAUUAUUGGGGAUCUCAGUAUUAUCGUUAUAUUUAUUGUUAAAUUCAAAGGGGCCACAUCAGCAUCUAGUUCAGGAUGUAUACAAAAAUUUGCUGUGGUGUCUCUAUUGGACAGGUUUAGGUAUAUUAUCAUCGGUAGGAUUAGGCACGGGGCUCCAUACGUUCCUGUUAUAUUUGGGUCCCCACAUAGCCGCGGUCACGCUGGCUGGGUACGAGUGUGGUAGUUUAAAUUUUCCAGAGCCUCCAUAUCCGGAAGAUAUCAUUUGUCCGGGAGAUGGCGAAGGUGACGGAAUCCCAGUAACGAUAUUGACGAUAAUGUCGAAGGUGAGGUUGGAGGCGAUGUGCUGGGGAGCUGGAACCGCGUUGGGCGAGUUACCGCCAUAUUUUAUGGCCCGGGCAGCUAGAUUGUCGGGAAUCGAUCCCGAUGAUGAAGACGACGACUUGAAGGAAUUCGAAGAGCUUCAGAAAAAGCAGCAAAACAGGGACAAGUUGACGGUGAUCGAGAAGGGCAAACUGUUUGUUGAGGAACUGGUGCAGAAAGUCGGCUUCUUCGGCAUUCUUGCGUGCGCAAGUAUACCAAAUCCGCUUUUCGACUUGGCGGGCAUAACCUGCGGCCAUUUCUUGGUGCCAUUUUGGACGUUCUUCGGUGCCACGUUGAUAGGCAAGGCGGUCAUUAAGAUGCACAUCCAAAAGUUGUUUGUCAUCAUAGCUUUUAACGAAACGCUGAUCGAGACUGCCAUAAACUAUUUGAUAUUGGUUCCGUUCGUCGGUGAGAAGUUGCAGGUGCCGUUCAAGGCGUUCCUAGACGGGCAGAAAAACAAACUGCACAAGAGGGGCGGCCAGAACGUGAAGGUGGGCGGCGGCAACGUGUUGGCGGCGAUUUUCGAGAAAUUUGUGAUAGUUAUGAUCCUCUAUUUUGUGGUUUCAAUAGUGAACUCGUUCGCGCAAAGCUACCACAAGCGGUUACACAAGAGGAAAUCGGUUAAAAGCAUAGAAUGAUCGUCGCGAGUGUAGUUUUUUUUUUUCCGGGGGUAAAUAAUUUUGAUCCGUUCAGUUAGACAGUUUUCUCGUUUCCUAUGGAUGUCUUAUGUAUUCGUUUCGAUUGCCAACCAUUCCUGAUAUUUAUUAAAGAGACCUAAGAGUUAAAUACGGUUUGGCUUCAUUGUCGUUAUUGUUAUAUACGCGGCGGCGAGUUUUCGGCAAGUCUUGAGAUACGGUGCGUUUGAAAUUCGAAGAAAAAGACAGAUCAAAAAGCUUUUUAUGACAUUACUGGUCAUUUUUUUCUAGUCAAGAGUUUUUUUCAGUCAUCGAUAAAAUUUAGUCACAUAGUUCACAAAACAAUAAUCAAAUUUCGUCAUACAUGAAAGCAGGUUUUGUUUAUUUACUCAAAAACGGCGAGUCAUAAGGGGAAAAAAAGAGACGCCAACUCAAUGGUAAUUCCGAAAAUAAUUUUAAAUGAAAUUAAAUUUAAAAUAAAAUUAAUGUAAAAAGAAGGUCUUAUGGGCACCACUGUUAAAAAUUAAAAAAAAUAUUUUCACUAAAAAAUUUCCUUUGAUGCUUAGAAAACACUUGGCAACAGUAAUCUAAAUUCACAAUAUAUUUUAUUACGAUAAAAAAAUAGUAGAUUAUGCAACAAGUUGAAUAAACGUCACUUUAGUCACAAGUUUAAUUUGGCAAGAGCGUAGCGGAAUCAGUGUUUAGUAAACGAGUGACUGAAGAUGUGGUGAAGUGAAGAACCUGUUACAUAGUAUGUUCGCUCAGAGCUGUCAAACGUCAAAAUACUGACUAACAUGUACCGCAAACAUCUGAUGGCUCCAGAACCCGCCCAAAGUGGUACAAGUGGUAUAUGAGGUACGUAUAUUCUGCAUAUAUAUCUUUUGUGCAAUCUUCUGUAUUGCAUAUAAAAUUUUUUAUACAAUGUUCAUGAAAUUCUUACGAUGUGACACCCUGGUGCUAUCUGUGGGCAAAUAGGUUUAAUAAUACAAAAUUGUAGGGAUAGUUUUUAUUUGUUAUAAAAAGACUCGCGCAUAUACAGACAGAAACAGAAUAUAUUAUAUAUUUCAGUAGAGAUUAGUAAAUAUUAAUGAAUAAAAUAAAAAAUAUAAAAAAAUUAACAAAUAAAAUUUAAAAUAAUAGAGAAUUACAAAAAAAAAGUUUCGACUAAAACAAUAAAAUUGUACCACACAGCCCGAAUUUUGUUCCCCGUAAAAUACAUAUUUACAAUUUCGUUUUAUUUUAAUCAAAUAUUGGUCUGAAAGUAAGACAAAUAUUUAUUCUCGAAAUGAUUACGCGACUUUGAAAUUUUUCAUGAUUUGAAAAUGCCAAAACUUUAUUGUAUUUUAAAUAAUUUCAUUUUAGUUUACUUCUUGGCGCCUUUUUUAUGCCUGCGGAGCCACAAUUUUUUAUGUUUCGGAUUUCAUGCGUUGAAAAGUAUUUUUAAAGUUAUCUGGUCUAAUGACCUUUUUUGGUUAUUUUAAAAAAUAAGGAAUGAUAAUAAAUAAAUUUUCUAAAAAGAAGACACAGGGAAUGCUUUGGCGUUUUGAACAAAAUCGAAUAUUACUUGGUAUGCAAUUGUUGAAGUUCAAUGUUUUAAAAUCAAUUCAAUAUCCUGUAAAAAAAGUAUUUCAAUCCCACAUACAAAAGGUAAGAAUGUGCUUACAUACAUUUUUGCUCAAAUUAUAAUGAAAUAUUUUUGGUCAUCCUGCCGAACACACCGAACUACAUCUGCACACACUAGAAUGUCUCCCUAAAGCUUGAAUUAUUUUGGAAAAUGUUUUAGCGAAAAUUUUCUUUAAAAAUUAACCAUAUGAAAAAUUG